UCUAACGAACUCGAAAGAAAAAUCUCACUUUCUCACACUACACAACCGCAAAGAAACCAUGGGCGCCAAGGUUUCCAGCAGUUCCAACCACCGAGGCAGCCUGUCGGAGCAGGCACACCAGCCGGCGUCCGUCAGGGUCAUCGCCGCCGACGGCUCGCUGAAGGAGCUCCCUGCCACUCCCCGCGUCGCCGUCUCCGACGUUCUCGCCGGCGAGGCCGCCUCCUUCUUCGUGUGCAACUCCGACGCGCUCUACUUCAACGAGCCCCCACCGGCGCUGGCCUCCGACGAGCUGCUCCGGCCGGGACAAAUAUACUUCCUGCUCCCGGCGGCGGUUCUCACACGGCCGCUCUCGAGCGCCGACAUGGCCGCGCUGGCCGUGCGCGCGGGCGCCAAAAGGCCUGAGCGGCGCGGCGGCAAGAAGAACCUUCGCGUCGUGCCGGUGCGCGAGGAGGUGGAAGACUGCGAGGACGUCAUGUUCAACGAGAAGCUUAACGAGCGGACCCUCGGGGAGUUCGCGGUGUCGGUGAGUCCGGCGAAGAAGAGCAACGGGAAGCUCGCCGCGCGGUCGCGGCUGAGGCUGAAGCGGGCUCUGAGCAUCAUAGAGGAGGCUGCUGACUGACUCAAGCAUUUCUCCAAGAGAAAAACAGUGCUUUUGAUUUUUGUUCCUCCAAUUUGGAACCAUUCUUAAUUCCUGAGGCCCAACGGCCUAGGCCUAAGUCAAUAGUAUUGAACUGAUUUUUGUAGAUUUAGAGGGGAAAGUGAUUGUAAAUAUCUCCCGGUGGCAAAAGCUAUCAUGAAUGCCAAAAACUGAUUCUUGACUUGUUACCUACUAAUCUGCAUGGU